CGUCCCAUUCCCGUUCCCGUUCCCGUCCCCGUUCCCUCCCGGGGCCCCGCGAUGGCGGCGGCCGCGGCGGCGUCGGGAGACGUGGAGUCCUCGCUGGAGCUGAGCCUGACGGGCUCCGGGGCGCUGCCCGGCGCGCUGCCCCCCGCCCGCUCGCGCAUCUUCAAGAUCAUCGUGAUCGGCGACUCCAACGUGGGCAAGACCUGCCUCACGUUCCGCUUCUGCGCCGGCCGCUUCCCGCAGCGCACCGAGGCCACCAUCGGCGUGGACUUCCGCGAGCGGGCCGUCACCAUCGACGGCGAGCGCAUCAAGAUACAGCUGUGGGAUACUGCAGGCCAGGAGCGCUUCAGGAAGAGCAUGGUGCAGCACUACUACAGGAACGUACACGCUGUGGUGUUCGUGUAUGACAUGACAAACAUUGCCAGCUUCCACAGUCUGCCCUCAUGGAUAGAGGAGUGCAAACAACACCUUCUUGCCAACGAUAUCCCACGGAUUCUGGUUGGAAAUAAGUGUGACCUGAGAAGCGCCAUUCAGGUGCCCACGGACCUGGCGCAGAAGUUUGCUGAUACCCACAGCAUGCCCUUGUUUGAGACCUCUGCCAAGAACCCCAAUGACAAUGACCACGUGGAGGCCAUAUUCAUGACACUGGCUCACAAGCUUAAAAGUCACAAGCCGUUAAUGCUUAGUCAACCCCCAGAUCAUGAUGAGAUACAUAUAAAGCCUGAACCAAAACCUGCCACGUCCUGCUGGUGUUAGAUCACUCUGUCACUGCCUGUCACCUUGUCUCGUUUGCAAGUGCUUCAAAAUUAUGAUCUUGGCAAAAUUCCAGGUUUUGGUAGCAAUUAUAGAAAAUCCCUUUGGCACUUUAAUGUGGUUUUCUCUUUGGGUCUGUUUUUAUUUUUUUCCCCUGGUGUAGAUGUGCCCAUCUCAUGCUCUUGCACUUUGUAACUGUACUUUCUGAAUUACUGGUUUCACUACAAUUAUAUGGGAACGUAAACUUUCUAGUGAAAUUUUGACAGAGCAAUUCUACUUGAGCUCUUGCUGCCAUUUUUGGUUGCUGCUUACAUUGGAAUAAUGUAGAAGAAAGAGAGUUUUUUGACAGCCAGGGAGCUUGGCUUUUGGGUCAGCAAGUGGGGAGGUUUUUGGCAUGUGAAGGAAUAUUUGGUGACUGCUAGCAAAUUAGUAAGCAGGUACCUUUUUAUUAUAAAAACGAAAACCAGGACUGUCAAAGUUUGGGCUGUCAUUGUAGGUGCAAACUGCUGGUGUUUGGCCUGUCAUUCCACUGUGAACUUUGUUUCUUCAUGGCAGUGGUAAGGGAAUUGACAAACUUGUCCCUACCUCUAGACUAUUAUUUGAUAUUUUAAGCUUCAUUAAUUUUUCAUAAUUAGCAUGUGGUACUAAACUAUGCAUUGCCUCUUAUGGAAAGUACUGUAGCACAGGAUUUGGGGUAAAUUUGGGGCUCUUAACUGUCCGUAAUUUCUCUGAGCUUACUAAAAUUCCAAUGAGGAUGUAUUUCUAAAGGUGCUGUAUUUGAGUUGAGUGUCCCAGAGUAAGUAAAAUCAUUUAAGUAAAUAAAAGAUUUAGUGAAGUUGGCAAAAACAUAUUGGUUUUUAAAGAUUUUGGGGGUUUGGAGGAUUUUAGUAACGAUGAGUGCUUCUCAGAUAUCUUGAGAAAUUGACUUGGUAACAUAUUCCCAGGAAUUGGAAUGCCUUGGAUGAAAUGCUAGGAAUAUGGGACUUUCUUAAAAUAUUUCUGAAUACAAACUAAAGUAGGUCUUGAAAUAUGCAGUAAAUCUACCAAGUACAUCAUCUGUUACAGAUUUUUGAGCUAAAACCUGCUUGUGUAAUGUCGUGGCUGUAUGUGGGGCAUCCUUGGCACUGCUAGCAUGAGUUAGUAGGGGUCGGAUGAGGGAAAUCACUGCUCUAGAACCAUCUUUUUCUGUGUUCCGGUAGUCUCAGCUGCUUUUUUUUUCAGUUCUGUCUGAAGGUCAAGUUUCAUAAUAAGGUCGAGUUUCAUAAUAAAAACGGUGCUAAGUUUUGCAUGUAAUUGCAUCAAGCAAAAUGUAAGCCAUAGAAUGCAAUCUAUGACUUCAUUCACAUGCCAUGUCAAACAAUGUCGUUUGACUUAGUUUUUGAAGGAAUUGAAGUAUAAAUGAAGUGGGUUUUGUUUUGUUUUGUUUUGUUUUUAUUAUUGGCAGUGUGUAGCAGGUGUUGCUGACUGGAAACUAAAUGGAAGGGCCAGUUCAGAAGCUGCCAGCCCAGCGAUCACAUUCGAAACAAAUCACUGAAACAAAGAUAACUAAUACUAUGUAAACUAUUACAGUUGUUAAGAUAUAAUUCCACUGCAGCUUAUACCGACAAAAUAAAAAUGCAUUGAAUUUUUUCUAGAUUUAGAAAGAGCAUUCAAUUUGGUCUAAUACAAUUAAGAUGUUUAAAAAUAGUCUAAACAAAAGGUUAUACUAUAAAGCUGCUUCAACUGUGACAGUAUUUUUGCUUAGGAAACACUUGUAAAAGGGAGCUUUUGUAUUCACACUGAACCUUACUAGAAUUUACAGUCCUUUCAGAAACAGUCACCUUUUUAACGCUAGUGUACUUAAUUUUUUUUAAAGAAAAGGAUUGAUCUUAAAUUUAUCUGUAUACUAUUGUAAAUAAAUAUGGUUUACAGUCCUAUUGGACAGUUUGUUUUUCACCCAUGUCCUUAAUCCUUUUUCUCAGAAGGAUCCAUCUUAAUUAUUUGUUUACCAAGGAGGUUGACAAGUGUUGGGGUUUUUUGUUUGUUUGUUUGUUUGUAUUUGGGUUUUUUUCCUUUUCUAGUAAAAUAACCCCAGAACUUCAAAGUCAGUCAGUCAGGCUGGGGGUUGAGGUAAGGAAAUUAUGUAGCUACAGUGUUACUGUUAAAUUUGCACACGUGUUAAGCUUUAUUUGAGUUAUCACAACCUGUAAAUAAAGGCCCUCACGUCAUGAAAAUUGUGUGGAAAUGGUGUUCAAGUAUGUAAUUUCAUGUUCAGCACAAAGCGUGUUUUAAUGGUUCUGCCAUAAAGGUAAUGUGGUCAGUAAUGCAGGGUUCAGUAUUGCUUCCUGGCUUUCAGUGGUGGUGUUCUGCCCACAAAAUGGAUGUCAAAAAUACUGAAUACUUUGUAUGUGUAUCUUCACCUUAACCAAAUUGUAAAGUUGGGUUAUUUUCUGUGUGUUGAGGGGGAGGGCAAGACACAAUUCCAGAAAAGCUAAUAAACUGUCUUUGCCACAAA